ACAGAGUGGUGUAGGUCCAUGGCCAGGAACUGAACCCAGUCGCCAAAGCAGAGUGUGCUGAACUUAACCACUAGGUUACCAUGGCUGGCCAGGGUCUCUGCCUCUCAAUCUCAGGAGGAUUGCCUGGUCGUGGACGCAACAGUAGACCAGUAGGUGGAAACCAAAGGGAACAGAUUCGGCUUUUCAUGGUAAUAGCAGUGCUCCAGGCUCCGGGCAUUGUUUCUUUGAAUCCCCCUGAUUGUCCUGGGAGGAAGGUGUUAUUGAUCCUGUUUUGUAGAGGAGGAAACUGAGGUUCAGAGAGAUGAGGUACCGUGUACAAGGUUACAGAGAGCUAGAACUCAAACCCAGGUUUGUCGGACUCCCAAGCUUGUGCUCCUAGCCACCUCUCCACGCUUCCUCUCUUUAGGAAACCCUUGCACCUGAAAAUCAGCUCACAGUGUGGGGGAAGGAGCUUCCUAAGACAGGUCAGAAGUGGGACCCCCACUCCUAGGUUUUUGCAGAGCAAGACCCCCAGGGAUAGUGGUGGGUCUGAGCUAGUGUUCGAUUUCCUGACCCCAACAAUUCAGCACUGGGCGGGGGGUUGGGGGGGCGCUAAUUGAGCCGGUGCCUCAGGUAGUAUUUCCUCUGUUUGACAGAUGAAGAAAUUGAGACCCACAGGCCCACAGGUGGAAAGGGCCACUCAAGAUCCUGGACACCGCUAGCAGUCAGGAUGCAAGACACAGGGCUGAGAAGGGUCUGCAUCCCAAGGCCUGAGACCCAGAUCUGUGGCCUCAUCAGCCCUGUGGAAUGGGGAUGGGGAAGGGCCAGGCCAGGCCAGGCCUCCCAGAGCCUGGGCUGAAAGCCUGCCAGUGUGGCCAGUGCAUAGGACCCUGGUCCCAGGGCUCAAGCCCUUGUUUAGGUCCAGUUAGGCCACCUCUAGCCUUUCAAGUCCAUCAGCUUGGGUUUUGAAUCCUGCCUCCAACAUGUCCUAGCUGGACGACCGUGGGCAAGUCAUUCACCUCUUGGAGCAUCAGCUGUGAAAUGGGGAUGAUUCCCACCUCAUGGGGCUGUGACAAGGAUUCCACGAGAGGGUGAUGAGGUGGUGCCUGUGGCACAGUGCAUGUCACUUAGUCAGUGCUCUGGGAUCUGCAGCUGUUAGAUUAUAACAAUUUAUCAUGCAUGUUCUCACCUGGAGCGUGGGACAGUAAUCCUUGUCAUCCUGGCUUCAAGGCCAUGGUGUCACCUGUGUGAGCUAUGGGGUCAGUGCAGAUGGCAAUUCUGUCGCUCAAAGCCCAGCCCAGCCCUGCAGGGGGAGGGAGACCAUCCAGUUCCCAGGACCAGGGGAAGCUGGGUGACAGCCUCAAUCCAUCAAUGAUAACCUCAGUCCAGUGAAACUUUAUGGGCCCACGAGGUACUUAAGUGUGUGUGGGGUGAAGGUGAGCCCAGUUCUGCUUCCUCCACGCAGGCUGCUGCCCAGAGCAGGUAGGCAGGUGUGGGGUGGGGGUGAGAGCACCCCGGGCCUUGGGAGACCAGCCAUCAGCUUUGAGAGCAAGGCCCCAAGGGACAGUGGUGGGUCUGGGCCAGAGCUGGAUCCCCUGUUCCCACCAGCUCAGGAUCUGGCUAGUCCGCAACCUACAAGUGGAAGAGGAGCUUGGGGAAGGCUCACGCUCCUGAGGGUGUAGAUCUCAGCUCCCCCCUCCCAUGCCGGCUGAGCUCUGGAGGGGUGGGGGUAUGCUUUGUCUGCUCUGCAGCUUCCUCCCCCUGGUCUACCGACACAGGGUGAAGGCUGGGGGUGGGGGGUGGGGGUGGGGUGUGCGUGUGCACGCGAUCAGAGUUGAAGGGAGGUUGCCUGGGGAACUAAGCUUGGCGAUGAGAAGGCGAGCUAAGGAGAAGCCUUGCUGGGGGGAGGGACAGCUCUGGGGGCAGCUCUUGUGACCUCCUGCCCCAGGCCCCCAGCACCAUGACGGUUUCAUACACCCUCAAAGUGGCGGAGGCCCGCUUCGGAGCCUUCUCUGGCCUGCUCCUCCGCUGGCGGGGAAGCAUCUACAAGCUCCUCUACAAGGAGUUCCUCGUCUUCGUCGCCCUGUAUGCCCUGCUCAGCAUCACCUACCGGCUGCUGCUGACUCAGGAGCAGAAGCACGUGUAUGCUCAGGUGGCCCGAUACUGCAACCGCUCUGCGGACCUCAUCCCCUUGUCCUUUGUCCUGGGUUUCUACGUGACCCUGGUGGUGAACCGCUGGUGGGCCCAGUACACAAGCAUCCCACUGCCGGACCAGCUGAUGUGCGUCAUCUCGGCCAGCGUGCACGGCGUGGACCAGCGCGGCCGCCUGCUGCGCCGCACCCUCAUCCGCUACGCCAACCUGUCGUCGGUGCUGGUGCUGCGCUCGGUCAGCACCCGCGUGCUGAAGCGCUUCCCCACCAUGGAGCACGUGGUGGACGCAGGUUUCAUGUCCCAGGAAGAGAGGAAAAAGUUCGAGAGCCUGAAAUCCGACUUCAACAAGUACUGGGUCCCCUGCGUCUGGUUCACCAACCUGGCGGCUCAGGCGCGGAGGGAUGGGCGAAUCCGUGAUGACAUUGCUCUCUGCCUGCUCCUGGAAGAGCUGAACAAGUACCGGGCCAAGUGCAGCAUGCUUUUUCACUAUGACUGGAUCAGCAUCCCCCUCGUCUACACCCAAGUGGUGACCAUAGCAGUAUACUCGUUCUUUGCCCUCUCCCUGGUUGGCCGCCAGUUUGUGGAGACAGAGGCAGGCGCUGCCAAGCCUCGGGAGCCUCUGGAGCCAGGCGGGAAGCCAGGGCCAGCGCUGGGGGACCUGGACAUGUAUGUGCCUCUCACCACUCUGCUGCAGUUCUUCUUCUAUGCUGGCUGGCUCAAGGUGGCUGAACAGAUCAUCAACCCCUUUGGUGAGGAUGAUGAUGAUUUUGAAACCAACCAGCUCAUAGACCGCAACUUGCAGGUGUCCCUGCUCUCCGUGGACGACAUGUACCAGAACCUGCCUCCGGCCGAGAAGGACCCCUACUGGGACGAAGACCUGGCGCUGCCGCCCUACACUGUGGCCACGGUGGCCGAAUCGCUGCGGCCUUCCUUCCUGGGCUCCACCUUCAACCUGCGCAUGAGCGACGACCCGGAGCAGAGCGUGCAGGUGGAGGCGUCCCCCGCCUUGGCCCGGCCGGUGGCCCCCGCGCAGACCCCGCUGCUGGGCCGCUUCCUGGGAGUAGGAGCGCCCUCUCCCGCCAUCAGCCUCCGGAACUUCGGCCGCGCACGGGGAGCCCCCCGCACUCCUCACCUGCUGCGCUUCCGGGCUGAGGAGGGCGGCGACCCCGAGGCCGCCGACCGCAUCGAGGAGGAGGAGGCUGCGGAGUCAGGGGACGAGGCCGGGCAGCCCUGAGCAGAGGCGGAAGGGCCAUCCCGCCGGCUUCCCCCAGGCCCGCCCCCGCCCCCGCCCCUCCCUCCAACGCCCACUUGGCGGGCCGCGCCGGGUCCUGCCCUCCGACUCUGCUAGAGCAGCACUUCCCGGGUGCCCUGAGCCGGAGCAUUUAGGGACGGACCUUGAAAGAGGAAGAUGGCGGGAAGGGCCUGAGCCAGGGCUGGGAAUGUGCCCACCUUGGAGGGAGAAGGUAGGAUGGAUUGCUGGGCGGAGGUGAAGCUAAAAGGAUACAUGGGGCGAGGCAUAAAGGACGAGAGCCCAGGAGCGCUCAUUUCCUCGGCAUUGGGGGCCAGGGUGGGGGGUCCGUUCUCAAACUGGAGGGGGAAUCAGCAUCACUGUUUGUUAAACAAUUCUGAGUACCACUGCCAGCGUUUGAUUCAUUCCAUCUGAGAUGGAGCGCAAGAAUUUGCGUUUCUACUAAGUUCCCAGGUGAUGCUGCUGCUGCUGCUGCUGUCUAGGGAUCACAAUUGGAGCCAUACAUAAAAAGAUGUGUAGAAGGGUCUAUCUUAUCCUGAUAGCCUUACUUUGAAGAGGGGUCAAAGUGUGUAUGCUGGGGGACUUUUGAUUUAUCUGUAAUGUUCAGUUUUUCGUUCACAAUGAGAAUGUAUUCAUUUAUUACUUGUGCAAUUACACUCGUUUAAAAUUGAACUGGCAUGCUAGUGCUAGGAUAAAGGUAUGG